AUGGCCAGAAGCUUCAAGCUCAAAUUCCGUCUCUUCAUCUCCUCUUUGCGAUUCUGCCGCCCCAAACACCUACAUGCUUUAACAUUCCCCAAAACUCCUUCGCCGGAAAAUUUCCACAACAAGAAGCAAAUUCCGGCCAACCCCAGAUCCUGCUACAGCUGUUAUCCCAAUCCACCGUCGCCACCGCCGUCAACGCCGGUGGAUUUCUUCGCCGACCCUUCAGCGGAAAAGUCCACAUCAGUCUGCAUUAACUGCAAAUUGAAAUCAUACGCUCGAGAAAACGGACUACUACAAGUGAAAGAAAACGGAGCCGGAACCGACCAUGAAAUUUACGGCGAAGAGAAUCGGCGUUCUUCUCCAUUUUCUUGGAUUUCCAGAAAGACGUCAAAGAUCAAGAUGAAAUUAAAGAGAACGGGGAUUAAAAGCAAGUCAUUCAUAGCGAAUGGGUACGGGGGAGAGGAAGGCAAAGGAACGGAGGCGUUGGUGAACUCUUCGAUAAGUUUCUCCGACGAUGCAUCGCCGGUGACGAGAAGCAAAAGAGCGUCGUGCCUGAGGAAAUUGGAAGGGAAAAUGGGGAAGAGCUUUGUGCAGGUGAAGAGAUCGAAGGAACCACAAGAAGAUUUCAAGAGGUCGAUGGUACAGAUGAUAUUGGAGAAGGAGAUUUUUGAGGCGAAGGGAUUGGAGGAGCUUUUGCAGUGUUAUUUGGCGUUGAACUCACCGGAGUAUCAUCGGGUUAUCGUCAGAGCUUUUUCUGAGGUUUGGGAGUUUCUAUUCUAUGAUUCCCACUCGAACAAGUGA